CUUCAAAUUUGUUAUCUUAGAACAGAUAAGAAAAAAAAAACUAAGGGGAGAGUGUGAGUGUGAAUCAAUGGCCUCUACCUCAUGUUUCCUUCACCACCAUGCACUCUCCACCCCCACUAGAUCCUCUUCACAGCGUCCUGUGCCAAUCUUCAAGCCCACGCAGCUAGUCUGCAGGGCCCAAAAGCAGGCAAUCCAGGAUGAUGAUGGCAAUGCCGCCGUCUCCCGCCGAUUGGCUCUCACAGUUCUAAUCGGUGCUGCGGCCGUCGCCACUAAAGUUUCGCCGGCCGAUGCUGCUUAUGGGGAAGCUGCCAAUGUGUUUGGUAAGCCAAAGGCAAACACUGAUUUCUUACCCUACAAUGGAGAUGGAUUCAAAUUGUUGAUUCCAGCAAAAUGGAACCCUAGCAAAGAGGUUGAGUACCCUGGGCAGGUUCUGAGAUAUGAAGAUAACUUCGACAUCACUAGCAAUAUUUCGGUCCUUGUUCAACCAACCGAUAAGAAGUCGAUCACAGAUUUCGGCCCACCGGAAGAAUUUCUUUCUAAGGUGGACUAUUUGCUGGGGAAGCAGUCUUACUUUGGCAAAACUGAUUCUGAGGGUGGUUUUGAUUCUGAUGCUGUUGCAACUGCAAAUAUAUUGGAGACUUCGACGCCGGUGAUCGGUGGGAAACAAUAUUACAGUGUAAGUGUUUUGACGAGGACGGCGGACGGAGAUGAAGGCGGUAAACACCAACUAAUUUCGGCGACGGUGUCGGAUGGGAAGCUCUACAUAUGCAAAGCGCAAGCAGGAGAUAAGAGAUGGUUCAAGGGAGCAAGGAAGUUUGUUGAGAGUGCUACAAGUUCUUUCAGUGUUGCUUAGAGAAUAUAAAUGUGGGUAUGUUUUGACUUAAAAUUUGUAAAUGAUCAAAAAAUGUUAUUAGGGACUUCAUGUUUUAGUUCAAGAAAUUCUCAAUUUGAGGGAAUU